AUCUCACCCUCCGUCCAUAGAGCAAAUCUCUCUCUCUCUCUCUCCCGACACUAUCCGUGACUACUCUCCACGAGCGGCAGCAUCUCGGCCAAAUUCAGAGGCUGAAUCGGCCGUCACAGCAGCAGAUCUGAGUCCAACGCCGACAGAUCCGGGCGGGAAAACCCUAAUUCACGGCAAUGGAGGAGGCGCUGGAGAUGGCGCGGGCCAAGGACACCAAGGAGAGAAUGGCCGGAGUGGAGCUCCUCCACCAACUCCUCGAGGCCUCCAGGAAGAGCCUCUCCGCGUCCGAGGUCACUUCGCUCGUGGACUGUUGCUUGGAUCUCUUCAAAGACAACAAUUUUAGGGUUUCUCAGGGUGCGCUUCAGGCCCUCGCCUCCGCCGCUGUUCUCUCGGGCGACCACUUGAAGCUUCACUUCAAUGCCUUGGUUCCUGCCAUUGUCGAGCGCUUAGGCGAUUCCAAACAGCCCGUUCGCGAUGCUGCGAGGCGCCUUCUGCUCACUCUCAUGGAGGUUUCAUCACCAACAAUUAUUGUUGAAAGAGCUGGUUCUUAUGCUUGGACACAUAAAAGCUGGAGAGUUCGAGAAGAGUUUGCACGUACUGUUACGUCAGCCACUGGUCUCUUUGCAUCUACUGAGCUCCCUCUUCAACGUGCUAUUCUUCCUUCAAUAUUGCAGUUGUUGCAUGAUUCAAAUCCUGGAGUAAGGGAGGCAGCUAUAUCAUGUAUUGAGGAGAUGUAUACCCAUGCGGGGCCUCAGUUUAUGGAUGAACUUCAGCGGCACCAUAUCCCUUCACCAAUGUUGAAGGAUAUUAAUGCUAGACUAGAGAGGAUUGAACCGAAAGUUCAUUCUUCAGAUGGACUGGCAAAUAAUUAUACUUCUGUUGAGAUGAAGCCUGCUAGUGUCAAUCACAAAAGGAGCAGUCCAAAAGCUAAGAAUUCCACCCGGGAGGUGUCUCUUUUUGGAGGUGAUAGUGAUGUCACUGAAAAACCAGUUGAGCCUAUUAAAGUUUACUCUGAGAAGGAGCUGAUAAGGGAAUUUGAGAAGAUUGCUUCAAUUCUUGUUCCUGACAAAGAUUGGUCUAUCCGCAUUGGAGCGAUGCAGAGAGUAGAAGCCCUUGUCAUUGGAGGUGCUGCUGAUUAUCCAUGUUUCCGUGGACUGCUGAAACAACUUGUCAGCCCCCUGUGCACACAAUUGUCUGAUCGAAGAUCUAGCAUUGUAAAGCAGGCUUGCCACUUAUUGAGCUUUUUAUCUAAAGAGCUUUUGGGUGAUUUUGAAGCUUGUGCUGAAAUUUUCAUUCCAGUUCUGUUCAAGCUUGUUGUAAUUACUGUCCUUGUUAUUGCAGAGUCUGCAGAUAACUGCAUUAAAACGAUGUUGCGGAACUGCAAAGUUGCUCGUGUUCUGCCUCGAAUAGCUGAUUGUGCAAAAAACGACCGCAAUGCAGUACUUCGUGCAAGGUGUUGUGAAUAUGCGCUUUUGACACUUGAGUAUUGGGCUGAUGCACCUGAAAUACAGCGAGCAGCUGAUCUCUAUGAAGACUUCAUAAAGUGUUGUGUCGCAGAUGCAAUGAGUGAGGUUCGAGCAACUGCAAGAACUUGCUACAGAUUGUUUGCAAAAACUUGGCCAGAGCGUUCCCGUAGACUGUUUUUAUCUUUUGAUUCAGCUGUCCAAAGGAUAAUAAAUGAUGAGGAUGGGGGCAUACAUAGAAGACAUGCUUCUCCUUCCAUUCGUGAGAGAAGUUCACAGAUGUCUUUUACCCCACAAGCUUCCACCCCAUCUAAUCUACCUGGAUAUGGAACUUCAGCCAUAGUUGCAAUGGACAGAAGUUCCAGUUUGUCUUCUAGUACAUCCCUCUCAUCUGGGCUACUUUUAUCCCAAGCAAAGCCAGUUGGUAAAGGCACAGAAAGGAGCCUGGAGAGUGUGCUGCAGGCAAGCAAACAGAAAGUUACAGCUAUUGAGAGCAUGCUCAGAGGUUUGGAUGCAUCUGAGAAGCAUAAUUCAUCUCUCCGAUCAUCUAGUUUGGACCUAGGAGUUGAUACUCCAUCAUCUCGUGAUCCCCCAUUCCCACUUGCUGUUCCUGCUUCAAAUAAUCUGGCAGCCUCGUUAGGCAUUGAGACAACUACAUCUGGUAUAUCUAAAGGAAAUAGCCGCAAUGGAGGAUUAGCUUUGUCUGACAUCAUCACUCAAAUUCAGGCUUCCAAAGAUCCAAGUAAAUUGUCCUAUCGCACCACUGGAGGAGCUGAGUCUUUGACAGCACUUUCAUCCUACUCAGCUAAGAGAGCUUCUGACAAAGUACACGAAAGAGGAUCUGUUGAAGAUAACCUUGAUUCUAGAGAGGCCAGGCGAUUUAUGAACUUGCAUGUUGAUAGGCAAUAUUUGGAUACUCCUUAUAAAGAAGCAAAUUUCAGAGAUUCACAAAACAAUUAUAUUCCUAACUUUCAGAGGCCACUUUUGAGGAAGAAUGUUGUUGGACGAAUGUCUGCAGGCAGAAGGAGGAGUUUUGAUGAUAGCCAACUCUCAUUGGGGGAAAUGUCGAGCUAUGUGGAUGGUCCAGCUUCCCUCAAUGAUGCUCUUAGUGAGGGACUGAGUCCAAGUUCGGACUGGAAUGCCAGGGUUGCUGCAUUUAAUUAUCUUCAUUCUUUGCUGCAGCAAGGCCCAAAAGGAAUUCAAGAAGUUACCCAGAAUUUUGAGAAGAUAAUGAAAUUGUUUUUCCAGCACUUGGAUGAUCCCCACCAUAAAGUUGCCCAGGCAGCUCUUUCAACGCUUGCAGAUCUUAUUCCAUCUUGCAGAAAGCCCUUUGAAAGUUAUAUGGAGAGGAUCUUGCCCCAUGUUUUUUCACGGUUAAUUGAUCCAAAGGAAUUAGUAAGGCAACCUUGCUCAACUACAUUGGAAAUUGUCAGUAAAACUUAUGGUAUCGAUUCUCUUUUACCUGCUUUGCUUCGUUCACUGGAUGAACAGCGGUCACCUAAAGCAAAGUUAGCUGUCAUUGAGUUUGCUAUUAAUUCCUUCAACAAACAUGGAAUGAACUCUGAAGGCUAUGCUAAUAGUGGUAUUCUGAAGUUAUGGCUUGCUAAAUUGACACCAUUGGUCCAUGAUAAGAAUACAAAAUUGAAGGAAGCAGCUGUCACAUGCAUUAUAUCAGUUUACUCCCACUUUGACUCUGUAGCAGUCCUAAAUUUUAUUCUUAGUUUGUCAGUUGAAGAGCAAAAUUCCUUGAGACGAGCCCUUAAGCAGUACACACCUCGUAUAGAAGUGGAAUUGAUGAACUUUUUGCAGAACAAAAAAGAGCGGCAGCGCUCCAAGACUUCUUAUGAUCCAUCUGAUGCUGUGGGAACAUCAUCUGAAGAAGGAUACAGUGGAGUGUCUAGGAAGAACCACUUCCUUGGAAGGUAUACUACUGGUUCUGUUGACAGCGAUGGUGGUAGGAAAUGGAGUUCCACACAAGAGUCACUGCAAGUUACAAGUUCCAUCGGUCAAGCUGCCUCUGAUGAAACACAAGAGCACUUGUAUCAGGGUCUUGGAACUAGUGUCUACAGUGAUGUUCUUACUACCAAAACUAAGGACCUCAAGUACAUAGUUAGUGGUAUGGAUGGUAGUGUGAACACAGAGGCUUCUUCCACUCCAUGUUUGGAUGUGAAUGGACUGAUAGGUUCUGAUCUCCGAGGAAUCACUGCAGGCACUAAGCAUAAUAAUGAGGGUCUGCCCGAACUGGACUUUAAUCAUUCAAAACUUGGGGCUCUGAAAAUUAACUCUGCACCUGACACAGGUUUGAGCAUUCCUCAAAUUCUUCACCUGAUUUGCAAUGGGAAUGAGGAAAGCAAUAUUGCCAGUAAGCGUGGUGCACUUCAGCAGUUAGUUGAAGCAUCUGUUGCUAAUGAUCAAUCUAUUUGGACCAAGUACUUCAAUCAGAUUUUGACAGUUGUUCUUGAGGUUUUGGAUGAUUCUGAAUCAUCAAUCCGUGAACUUGCACUUUCGCUGAUAACUGAAAUGCUAAAGAAUCAGAAAGAUGCUAUGGAGGACUCUAUGGAGAUUGUAAUUGAAAAACUGCUUCAUGUUACAAAAGAUGUCAUUCCAAAGGUUGCAAAUGAAGCAGAACACUGUCUGACUAUUGUGUUGUCUCAGUGUGAUCCAUUCAGAUGUCUAAGUGUUGUUGUCCCUUUGUUGGUUACUGAAGAUGAAAAAACUCUUGUUACUUGCAUAAAUUGUCUAACAAAGCUCGUAAGCAGACUCUCCCAAGAGGAACUGAUGGCUCAGUUACCAUCAUUUUUGCCAGCCCUUUUUGAGGCAUUUGGGAACCAAAGUGCUGAUGUUCGCAAGACUGUUGUCUUCUGCCUUGUGGACAUCUACAUCAUGUUGGGGAAAGCAUUCUUGCCAUACUUGGAGGGUCUUAACAGCACACAGCUUCGGCUAGUGACUAUCUAUGCUAACAGGAUCUCUCAGGCCAGGACUGGUACUGCCAUAGAUGUUAACCAUGAUUAGCCCAUGUUCAGUACGAAAUGUUAUGGGUGCAGUGGUAUCGGUACAGCAACCCUGAUUAGCUGGUUUGCUUGGGUUGAAAAUUGUGGGUGUGGGAGUUCUCUUUUCAAUUCAUUGUUUUGUGUAUAUUGUAUAUCGUGUGGAAUGUGCUUUUGCAGGGUGCUUUCUCUUUGCAUUAAUAUAUUUUUUGUAUUCAUUUGUCACCUGUUUGUUUUGGAGUGGAGGGGAUCCUUUCGGUGGGAAACAAACAUGAACUAAGCCCGUAAUCAAAUCUAAACAAGGAGGGGCUCUUUGUAACUAGUUUGUAUGUUGUCUUUAAGAAGGAUGAGGAAUCAGGUA